UCGUGGUGGUGUUGUUCAUGGUGGGUGCAACUCUGGUAACUUCUGGAACAUGGUCUACUGCUAUUGAAACUAGAUCGUGUGUCGUGACUAUUUUACUUUGUGCCGCAUUCAUUUUUUACAAAAUGUUGGGCUCAUUGCCAACAUUGCCCCUUCCAGCACCACCAUCUGAUGGUGAUCUUGGUCCUCCACCUGCAGCCCAAGUACAAAAUGACUCUGAUGAUGAACUUGUGCAAGUGGUCGAGGAAGACCAAAAUAGGUCUAAUGCUUCCCAUGCAUCAAUCGCUACACACACCCGAACAAUAGGAAUCAUCCAACCUCCCCCUGAUCUGAGAACCAUAGUAGACAAAACUGCAAGCUUUGUGGCAAAAAAUGGGCUUGAGUUUGAAAGAAGAGUCAUUGCUAGCAAUUCUGGGAAACCCAUGUUCAACUUUUUUAAUGGGUCAGACCCCUAUCAUGCAUAUUACCAAGACCAAUUGUCUAAGUUCCGUUCUCAAAAUCAAGUCCUAGGCCAGUAGUCAACUCAGCAACCCUCAUAAAUGUGGAAUCUAUAUUAUUUCUAUAAUUAUCAUACGUAAGGGUUAAGGAAAUGUGUCGUGCACUUAAUGUAGCUGAUAUUGUGGACAGUAUCGGUGGUUGUAGGCAGCAGAAUUUUUUGGAUGUGCAUUAAAGUCGUUAGAGUUUUGAGUGUUUGGGGAGAUUUGAUUUUGAUUUUCGGAUUAGCAAGUGAAAAGCUGUUCUUGCAUAAUAGAUUUGGUCAAUAUUAGUAUAAGAUUUCAUAGAUACAUCUAGCUUUAUUAAACGAAGCAUUUCCACAAAGUCGAAUUUCUAUUAGUUGAUUUGAGGAAAAGAUUGUUUAUCUGUUCAAACUUA